GGCGCUGUCGGGGCCAUGUCGCGACACAGGCGGGUCGCGCGGCGGCAGCCCGGCGGGGCCGCGGGGGGCUCGGCUGCCGCCGCCGCGGUGCGCGCCCGGGCCGAGGCCCUCAGGGAGCUCGGCGUGGACGAGGAGGUGGAGAUGGCGGUGCAGCUCGCCCUGGAGCGGUUCCGGAGCGGGGACGAGGCGGAGAUGGAAUUUCCUUCUAGUUUCACUAGUACUGAAAGAGCGUUUGUUCACCAGCUCUGUCAGUCUCUUGGACUGGUGUCUAAAAGCAAAGGAAAAGGAGCAAAUCGAUACCUGACUGUAAGGAAGAAGGAUGUCUCAGAACUGACACGUGCAGUCAUGGCUUGCGACUUGGCUCUCCGUACAAAACACACCGUUCGGAGCCUCAUUCAGAGCUUUCCCGUCACGAACAAGGAACGCACAGAACUCUUGCCAAGGACAGAGCGAGGAAGUGCGCGUGCUAUUGAAUCUGAAAACAAAGAAUUGAACAAGACAAGCGGUCGACUUAAUGACGGGAUCCCCCAGGUCCCAGUGAAAAGAGGGGAAUCAGAGUUCGAUUCCUUCAGGCAAUCACUACCAGUUCUUGAAAAACAGGAAGAAAUUGUCCAAACGAUAAAGGACAAUAAAAUUGUUUUGAUUAUAGGAGAGACGGGAUCGGGAAAAACUACUCAAAUCCCUCAGUUUAUCCUUGAUGACUGCUACAAGAACGGAGCUCCCUGUCGUGUGUUUUGCACUCAGCCGAGACGUUUAGCAGCUGUUGCUGUGGCUGAAAGGGUGGCAGCAGAAAGGAGAGAGAAGAUUGGCCAGACAAUUGGUUACCAGCUCCGGUUGGAAAGCAGGGUUUCUCCAAAGACACUGGUAACAUUCUGCACUAAUGAUAUGCUCCUUCGCACGCUGAUGGCAGGAGACAGCACCCUCUCCACUGUGACACAUGUAAUUGUGGAUGAAGUACAUGAGAGGGAUAGGUUCAGCGACUUCUUGCUAAUAAAACUGAGAGAUGUGCUGCAAAACCAGAAUAAUUUAAAACUAAUUAUUUCUAGUGCUGCUCUAGAUGCGAAUCUUUUUAUUAGGUAUUUUGGAAGCUGCCCAGUAAUACACAUCCAAGGAAGACCUUUUGAAGUUAAAGAGAUGUUUCUGGAGGACAUCUUGCGAAGCACUGGGUAUACAAACAAAGGGAUGGUAAAGUACAAAAAAGAGAAGCAGCAAGAAGAGAAACAGAAAACCACUCUUGCUGAGUGGUGUUCCGCUCAAGAAAACACCAACAAACUGGCACGUCGGAGACAAAAAUCAGUUCCAAGGGCAAGUGAAGAGUACAGUCUGUUGGAUGAUGGUGGUGACACAGUAUUUAAUCAACUGACUGAAAAAGAUGUGAAUUGCCUUGAACCGUGGAUAGUAAAAGAAAUGGAUUCGUGUCUGUCUGACAUCUGGUUGCAUAAAGAUAUUGAUUCCUUUGCUCAGGUGUUCCAUCUAAUUUUAACUGAAAAUGUCAGUGUUGAUUAUAAGCACAGUGAGACCGGCGUGACUGCUCUGAUGGUUUCUUCAGGGAGAGGCUUUUUGAGUCAAGUAGAACAGCUGAUCAGUAUGGGAGCAAGUAUCCACUGCAAAUCAUCCAAUGGCUGGACGGCUGUGGACUGGGCUAGGCGCUUUGGACAGACAGAGGUUGUUGAUCUGUUGGAAUCCUACAGUGCUUCAUUCGGAUUUGGAAAUCUGGAUGAAAGUUCCCUGGUCCAAAAAAGUGGUAGCGACCUUAGUGCAGAGGACAGAGAGCUACUGACAGCUUAUCAUCACAGCUUUGAUGAUGAAAAAGUGGAUCUGGAUCUGAUCAUGCACUUACUCCACAGCAUCUGUCGUAGCUGUGAUGCGGGAGCCAUUUUAAUAUUUCUUCCUGGAUAUGAUGAGAUAGUGAGCCUGAGGGACCGCAUUCUUUUUGAUGACAAGAGAUUUGCUGAUAAUGCUCCCAGAUACCAAGUUUUCAUGCUUCAUUCGAGUGUGCAGACUUUGGAUCAGAAAAAAGUGCUUGAAACUCCACCUUCUGGCGUCCGCAAAAUUAUUCUUUCUACUAAUAUUGCAGAAACCAGCGUAACAGUCAGUGAUGUUGUAUUUGUCAUUGACUCAGGCAAGGUGAAAGAGAAGUCUUUUGAUGCACUGAGCCGUGUUACAGUGCUAAGAAUGGGGUGGAUUUCAAAAGCCAGUGCUAUCCAGAGAAAAGGCAGGGCUGGGCGCUGUCAGCCUGGAGUCUGUUUUCGUCUCUUCAGCAGGCUCCGAUUUCAGAAUAUGUUGGAAUUUCAGUCUCCAGAACUUCUAAGAAUGCCACUUCAGGAGAUUUGUUUAUACACAAAGCUUCUGGCUCCAAUUAAUUGUCCAGUUGUAGACUUUCUUAUGAAAGCUCCUGAUCCUCCGCCUGCUGUAACUGUCAGAAAUGCUGUGCACAUGCUUAAGACCAUAGAUGCCAUGGACCCUUGGGAAGAUCUCACUGAGCUUGGUUACCACCUCACUGAAUUACCUGUAGAGCCACACCUGGGUAAAAUGGUGUUGUAUGCAGUUGUGCUGAAGUGCCUGGAUCCUGUUCUGACCAUUGCCUGUGCUCUUGCCUGCCAAGACCCUUUUGUGCUGCCCACGCUGGCCUCCCAAAAGUGUGCGGCCAUGCUGUGCAGGAAGCGUUUUGCUGCAGGGACGUUCAGUGACCACAUGGCCCUGCUCAGGGCUUUCCAGGUAGGAUUUCAUUUCAGAGAGUACUCAUCACAGGAGAUCACCCAUCAAGGCAAAUAAAGUACCAGUCAACUUGGAUGUAGAGU